UGUUCGGCCCGGCUGGCCCCGGGCUCCAUCACCCGCGUGGCGCGACGUGGCCGGUUCCCGCGGUGGGAGUAUCGCGGGCGCCGGGCGGGACUCCAGUGUCCCUCCCCCCUGCGUGUCCGCCUGCCGCACCCCUUGGCCCUAACUGCCGCCCCCCCCCAGCAGGUGUCUUCGGGAACCCCAGGGCACCCACCAUGCUCCCCGGCCUGGUCGUCACUGACUGUGGGCCCCCAUUGUGCCCCAGUGCUCCGACCACGCAGCCCUGACCCUGAGCACCGGCAAUGCCGUCCUCGCUGGCAGCGUCCCCGCAGCCUGAGGUCCGAGGGUUCGGGCCGCGGCCCCCCAGCACAGACAUGGCAUUGUCCUCCCGCCCCGGAUCCCGGUUCUCAGACAGCGGCCCCGGCCCCGGGACCAGCCCAGUGCUGCCUCCAAACGUUCCGGAAAACAGCUAUGAGGACCCACCAGCGAUGACGCCAACCUUGGUUCCCAGGCCACCCCAGACACCCAGGUUGGAGCGGGCGCUGUCCCUGGAUGACCGGGCCUGGCGUUCCCGCCACACCCGGGCCAACAGGGAGGAUCUGGAUUCCCAUGUGGAGCCCAGCUCAGCCCGCAGCUGCUUGCCUGAAGAGACACUUGGGACCCCUGCCACUGGCAGCCCCCCUGCCUGCCUAAGCACCUCUCUGCAGGAACUCCCCAGGGCCCGGCGGGCGUCCGGGAGCAGAGGGCCAGCGGUCUGGGCUGCAGGUCUGUCUGGCAGAGUGAGCACAUCUCUGGACCUCCUACCCCAAGCCAGGCCAGGAGGUGUGCCCAGGCUGCCCCCGCUGGAUAUGAGUGUGUCCUCAGGAGCCAUGAGGCCAGAAAACAAAGUGGAUGCUGAGUUUAGGCCACGCCUGCAGUCCCAGCUCUCCCGAGACCACGCCAGCCUGGGCCCUGGCCGGCUCCCCAGCCCCCUGGCCGGCAGCCCCUCUCCUCUGGGCUCAGCCCAGUCCUUCAGCCUCCUGGCACCCAUUCGUACCACCGAUGUUCGCAGCAGGAGCUACAUGCAGGGGAGCCUCUUGGCCAGUGGGGCCCUAAUGGGGGCAGAUGAACUGGCUCGAUACUUUCCAGACCGGAACUUGGCACUCUACGUGGCCACCUGGAACAUGCAGGGCCAGAAGGAACUGCCCACUAACCUGGAUGAGCUCCUGCUGCCUGCUGAGGCCGACUACGCCCAGGACCUGUACGUGGUGGGCGUUCAGGAGGGCUGUUCCGACAGGCGGGAGUGGGAGACACGUCUGCAGGAGACCCUGGGCCCCCACUACGUGAUGCUGCACUCAGUAGCCCAUGGAGCCCUAUACAUGUCAGUGUUCAUUCGCCGAGACCUCAUCUGGUUCUGCUCAGAGGUGGAGAGCUCCACGGUGACCACACGCAUCGUGUCCCAGAUCAAGACUAAGGGCGCCCUGGGUGUUAGCUUCACCUUCUUUGGCACCUCUCUCCUCUUCAUCACAUCCCACUUCACCUCCGGGGAUGGUAAGGUGAGCGAGCGACUGCUGGACUACAGCAGGACAGUUCAGGGCCUUAGCCUGCCCCGGAAUGUGCCCAACACCAGCCCCUACCACUCGGAUGCAGCCGAUGUCACUACUCGUUUCGAUGGCGUUUUCUGGUUUGGAGACUUCAACUUCCGCCUAAGCAGGGGCCGCGAAGCCGUGGACGCUCUCCUCAGGCAGGGCCUGGGGCCUGAUGUGCAGGCACUGCUACAGUAUGACCAGCUCAUCCGGGAGAUGAGGCAAGGCUCAAUCUUCAAGGGUUUCCGGGAAGCGGACAUCCAUUUCCUGCCAUCCUACAAGUUUGAUGUGGGAAAGGACUCAUACGAUACUACAUCUAAGCAGAGGACUCCCUCCUACACAGACCGUGUCCUGUUCCGGAGCCGCCACACUGAUGACAUUCGUGUGCUGCGCUACACCUGCUGCCCUGGCAUCAAGACCUCAGACCACCGGCCUGUAUACGGCCUGUUCCGAGUGAAAGUGAGGCCUGGCCGAGACAACAUUCCACUGGCUGCUGGCAAGUUCGACCGGGAACUCUACUUGCUUGGGAUUAAGAGGCGCAUCUCCAGGGAGUGGCAGCUACGGCAGACACUGCAGGGCUCAAGUGCCAGCACUGUGUGCACCCUGUUUUGAGUGGGCACCAGCCACUCGUCUUUUAGGGUGCACACAAGCCCUGGCUGAGAAACAUGAUGGCUCAUGACUAUAGAAAUCGAGCCCCAAGGUCCAGCCAGUGCUUGGUCAAGAGCCAGCUUGGCCUCCCCUUCCCACUCCGUCCCAGGCCAGGUUUAAAGGGUUCUGCCCUGCACCCUCCAUCCUAUAUUAACUAUAGGCCCAGCUGUUGGGCAGCUUCAGCUUGGGGGGCUGCAGGCAGGGCCCUCUGUGGCAGGAAAACAACAGCACUGAGUUAGAGGGCCCAGCUCAUCAUGAACCUUGCAUGGUGCCAACCCCCAGACCCCAGCUGGGGCUCCAUUUGGUCCUAAGGAUCCAGAGCCUGGCCUUGCUUUGUAACUUUAUACCUUCUCACAUCUCAAACUCACAUGGGCUUCAAAGGUGUACGAAAAUAGUGGUGUUCAGUCUUAAAUUAUUUAUUUUCCAUAUUUAUAUUUUUAAAUAAAUGCAAAUGUCAACUAA